AUGUGCAAUGAACCGGGCGGAGGGAACCCCGAGCAUCCUCCAGCGGGCGGACAGCAGACGCGCCUUAUUGGAGCCUCCCGGCUAGAAUUAUACAGACAGAUUGCACUGAGUCUUGCCUCAUUUGCACCAGUACUUUCGGGACCAGUUGCGGCCACAUCAACAACAGCAGCAGGCACAGAAGCAACACCGACUUAUGAUGCAGGGGAAGCUGCGCUUACCUCUCCAGCAGCAAAAGCUGCUUCGGAAAUCGAAACAGCCUACGCGGAAGUGGUUGCUGCUGCAGCAGGAGCGCUAUCGGCUGAUUCCGUGGAGCAGGGAGGCAAGAACAGUGGCAGUUGCAACAGCAGCUGUGGCAACAGCGCGGGCUUCUCCCCUUGGUGGGCUGCUGCCACUGCUAAAGCAGUUCAAGCAGCCCGUGCUUCUUUCCUAUCCAAAGUGGCAGAUGCUUUUGGCCUUAAGAAUGCAGCUGAUGCAAUUGGAGUGGUAUAUGCACACCAGAGCAGCACCUGGGGCAAUGCGAAGCUGCUAGUUGACCGCCAGCUGCUGCUGCGGCGGAGGGGAGAGCAGCAGAAGGGCAGCUGGUCUCUCCAUUUCCUGGGGACUGGGGCCAUGCAGGCCUCGGCGACUAGGGGAACCUCUUCUAUUUUGUUUUCCCGUGGGGACGGCUGCGCUUGGCUUUUUGAUUGCGGAGGAGGGCCCUCCCCAACUCACGCUGCUUCUGCCUGUCGUAGGGCCGCGUCAGCAGCAGACGCGGCAGCAGCUGAAGCAGGUGCUGUAGGAGACCUUAGCAGCAGGUUGGAGCGGGCAGUGGCUGCGGCUGUUGCUGCGGAGGCCAUUACGUGGACAAACCCGGCUGUCGCUGCUACGCAGCAGCAGCAGCAACAGCAGGAAACGAGGAAGGUUCGGAUACUGCAUCCUGGCUUUCCUUCACCGUUUGCUGUUCCGCGUUUGCGUUGGUGGGAUACUCGUGUUCUGAAAAGUGCAGCUGGAGUAGCUAGUCUGUGUCUUGCUCUUUCUGCAGAGACGCAUGGGCGUGGUCCAGCGGGUAUUUGUGACGCAUCUUCACGGGGACCACUGCCUAGGCCUCCCUUCCUUUCUGUCCCAAAUAGCGCAAGAUCCAGAGGAGGCACCAGUGCGCGUCGGCUCCCUUCCUUUUCUGUGGUGGAGCUACGGGCUGUCCCCCAUCUCCAUCACAGGCGGUCGCGGGCCAUCCGCCUGCCCUUUUUGCCUCCGGCUCCGUCGGAGACUGUGGGAAGGGGGGACAUUGAGCCGAACGCCGAUGGCAGUUAUGUGGCCUUUGAAGACUCCGAGAUGGUCGUCACGGCUGCACCUAUAAGACACCUGGUGCCCUGUGUGGGUUACGUGUUGACGGAGAAGAAGUCUCGCCACCGCCUCCGGGCCGACAUUAUCGACCCCGUCAUUGAAAGGAACUCCCAUCGCUUGAAAGACCUUCACGAGUGGCCCCAACUCCGUGGGGAGCCCAGGGCUGUGUACAAGGCAAGGAAUGUUGAACGCAUCACAAUAAUGCCCAUCACCAAGAACAGCAGCAGCCAUAUUCCUCACACGAGACCUAUUCUCUACAGCAGACGCGAGCAUGAGAGAAUUGUUUUCAAUCUCCUGACUGACCUGAAAACUGGAGAGCGCUUUACAUUCCCAGAUGGGACUCAAGUUGGCCAUUCCGAUAUAUUUCUCGAGGCUCCUCAUCCCAGGAAGAUAUGCUUCGCAUUUGACACAUGCGAUGCCUCCCGGCUGCUCCCCUUUGCCCGUGGAGCCGACAUCGUUGUGCACGAGGCGACGAUGAGUGGCGUGAAAGGGACAUCAUGCAGGUCGGAUCCAUACUCGGAUGCAUUGCUUCCGUUGGAUCAGCCAAGGUUGGAGAAGGGGGAAGGCCUCUCUCGUUGUUAUGGGGAGUUUAAAGGCCGUAGCGCCAAAGACCUCAUGGGUUCCCAGGUCCAGGCUGCAAGUGAGGCGGCCUUCGAGAGGGGCCACUCCUCCGCGGCCAUGGCUGGCAGCUUCGCAUUUCGUGCCGGCGCUGGCCGGUUGGUGCUUACGCACUUCUCCCAAAGGUAUCGAGGGGAUCCCGCUCUGCGCAGUGUUCUUGCUAUGGAGCGCGUGGAAGAGGAGGCGAGACGGGCCUACGAUAUAGAGGGGCAGCUGCAGAAGGGAACUUAUGCAUCUCCCCUUAAAGUGACGGCCGCGUGGGACGGACUUGCUGUGGUGCUGCCGCAGCGCACCCAUACGCGUGCUGUACACCCUCCCGAUCGGGAGGCGUGA